AUGCUCCGCCUCGCCUUCCGCCGUGCCGGCCCUCCUGUCCGGCCCUGGGCCCGCGCCCUGGCCUCUCCUGCCCGGCGAGCCCUCGCCGCCCCCCCGGCCGCCUCCGAGGGCAAGCCGGUGGCCCUCCCGCCGCACAUCCGUGUCCGGGAGCUGGCCAAGCUGCUGCGGGUGCCGGCCAAGAAGGUGGCGGUUGCUGUGGCCCGGAAGCGCGGGCGCAAGUACCACUACACCCAGCGUGUCGAGGGCCGCGAGGUGGCCGUGGUGGCGCCCUCGCUCCGGGCGGUGGUCAUCGACUACGCCUCAGCUGCCGAGCUCGCUGCUGCCUUUGGCUACCAUCCGAUCCCGCUGGAACUCGGCCCGGUUCCGCCGGCUGCUGGCUCGGCUGGGCACCGCCCCGCAUGGCUGGCCUCCGAAUCGCUGGCCCGCGUUCCGGUCGUUGCCCUCAUGGGUCACGUCGAUCAUGGCAAGACCACCCUGUGGGACGCACUGGCCGGCUCGGAUGAGGCCGGCCGCGAGCCCGGAGGCAUCACCCAGUCGCUGCGAACGCUACGGCUGCUGCUUCCGCGGGAUGGCGAGGGCGAUGUGCUUGCGCCGCUCGGCCCGCCGGAGAUCGAUGGGCCAGACGCCAGCUACCGCAGCGAUCACUCGGUCCGCGCUGGCUCGUACCGCACCCCGAGCAAGGCUGAACGUGCUGAGCGCAAGGUGGCAUGGCGGAAGCGAGUGGAAGCAGCCCGCGCUCAGGAGCAGGCGGCGCUGGCGGCGGGGAGCCACGUGCCGCUGACGGUGGUGGAUACGCCCGGCCACGCGGCGUUCUUCCACAUGCGUGAGCACUCAGUCCUCGCCCUUGAUGCUAUGGUUCUUGUUGUUGACGCCACCCAAGGCAUGGGUGAGCAAACGCUGGAGGUGCUGACGGCAGCGGCGGUGGAGAAGCUCCCGGUGUUUGUCGUCGCCAACAAGAUGGACAUGCUGGGCUCGGGCGAGGCGGCGCGCGGCGCGAUUGCCGGACUGCUUGACCAGCUGCACGCCUUUGAGCCUUUUGCUCCGCUGCCAGAUGCAGACACGCCGCUGCCGCCGGCGCCAGGAUCACUGGACGUGCUCAAUCCCCAGCUGAGCAUUGCCGGAGUGUAUCCGGUGUCGGCCAAGACCGGGGGCGGUUUGCGGUCGCUAGUCGGCGACCUUGCGGCGUUUGCCGAGGGCGCGGCAGCGCCCGAGACUGCAAGCAGCGCCGAUGCCGAGGUCAAUGCUGUGGUUCAGGCGUCUGCAGUGGGUGUGGUGGUGGAAGCGUCGCUCGAGCGUGCGCGCGGCUCUGUGCUGCGAGUGGUUGUGGCCGAGGGCGAGAUCAAGAAGGGCGACACGUUUGUUUGUGGGGUGCUCUCAGGGCGGGUGCUCAAUGUGACUGACGCGACGCAAGUUCCGCUGGCUGCUGCCGGCCCGGGCGAGGGCGUGGAGGUCAUGGUCUCGAUCCGGUCGAGCAUCCGCGGCAUUGACUCGAUCAACGAUGCCAUGCCGCUGGGUGAGGCGCUGUACGUGGUGACGCCGCAAGACGCCAAGGUUCUGCUGCACUACCGCGAGGCGAGCGCCGACUGGCAGAUGAACAUCGAGACCGGCGAGGUGGUGGGCAGCGGAGCCGACGAGGAGGAUGCUGUCGCGAGCGUGGAUGGGGCCAAAGACGAGCUUGCUGUCCCGAGCGGUCGGUCUGUUGUGGUGAAGGCGAACACUGGUGGGGCUCUGCUGACGCUGGUGGACGCGCUGCGCAACGCGGGCAUUGUCGUCGUGCACUACGGGGUGGGCGACGUGACGCCCACGGAUCUGGAGCACGCAGUGGUGGCCGGCGAUGCGACGCCUGUGCUUUGCUUCAAUGUGGCUCGGGGUGAGCGUCCGCGGUUUUGA